UGCUCGUGCUGGUGUCAUCCUAACGGUGGUUGACCACUGGAGGCAUGACAUAGCAAGGCGUGUGACAACAACCCCAUAGACAACCCCGUGGACCACUCCUGCAUCCUGACAGGUGAGGCUGAGCUGUGGGGGAGUAGACCUCUGAGCCCCACCUCAGCUGCACCCUCUCCAUCUUGAGUGUCCCGGAGGGGCCGCCCUGCAAGGAAGAAGGGCCCAGGGUGGGGGUCUGGCCUCUAAUCCCUCAGGGCCCAGAAGCCAGAGUGGAGGCUUGGCCCCAGCCAGGAGACCGCUGAAGCCUCUAGUGGAAACACCUGGCCUGGGAGGGUGGGCUUAAAACCCAGGAGGGCGCAGGCAGGUGCUGGCGUGGAGUGAGCCCGGAAGCCUGGCCUGCCCCAUACCCCUGCCGCCAUGUGGCCCUUCCUCAGCCGCGCCCUCUUCCCUCCCCCUACUGAGGCCUGGCUCCAGAGGGCUUCCUCAGACCCCGAGGCCCAGGGCUGGGGGGCCUGGAGCCCGGCCGAGAAGACCCGUCUGGGCCCGGGGGCUGGCGGGGAGGAGGAGGAAACGGGGGAAGCUGAGGAAGACGAUGAGGAAGAUGCCGGCUUCCUGCUGUCUCUCUUGGAGAGGGAGGGCCUGGCUGAGUGCCCAGUGCCUGACCAGGAGCUAGAGGCCAUCAAACUGAAGCUGUGGGCCAUGGAGCAGGCCCAGGGGCCGGAGCCGCCCAUGGUGCAGGAACUGGAUGAAGGAGAGGAAGCUGCUGGGGCCCUGCUGGCCAGGCAGUUACUGAGUCCCGAGACAGACAGCCCCCUGGAGAAGGCAGCGGCUGACCACAGAUCCGUCUAUGUGGGCAAUGUGGACUAUGGGGGCACGGCCCAGGAGCUGGAGGCCUAUUUCAACCACUGCGGGGAGAUCCAUCGGGUCACCAUCCUGUGCGACAAGUUCUCUGGACACCCCAAGGGCUAUGCCUACAUAGAGUUUGCCACCGAGAGCUCGGCCCAGGCCGCUGUGGAGCUGGACAAGAGCAUCUUUCGAGGCCGGGUCAUCAAGGUGCUGCCCAAAAGGACCAAUUUACCAGGGAUCAGUUCCACGGACCGCGGAGGCCUUCGAGGACACCCAGGCGCCAGAGUGGGAUCCUUCCCCCACAGCGGCCUCCAAGGCGGGGCCCGUUUCAGACCACGAGGGCGGAGCCGGGGACGCGGAAGAUUCUCACCGUGGUUUUCUCCGUAUUGAAGCGAGGACGGGAUUUUGAGAGUGGGGUUUGCCACUUGGUCAGGAAUCAACAGCGGUGCUCCUAAGAAUAACUUCCCCUCCCCCUUCAUUCCGCUGGAGGACUGCCGGACCCCACCGAGGCCACCGUGCACGGAGCGGGGCACAGGGUGGGUCUGGCGCGGACGCCAGUCAGGGCUGUGGAGGGCAUGGGACGAAGCUGUGGGCAGGUGAGGUCCGGGCACCACGGGGUCAGCGCCGGCUCGACUUACUCAGGGAUGUUCCACUAACGUCUUUUAUAGAAAAGUAGAAAUACGUGUCUUAUUGGUAAAGUAUAAAUUAUUAAACUUGAA